AUGCUGGAUUCUGAAAAUACGCUCAUUUUUUGGAACAUAGGCAGCAACCCGGAUCUCAAAACAUUGAGCUUGUUCUUGAUGAUCCCAGAUAUGCGAAGAUAUCGACCUCGCCGGCGCCAGCGGGCUUUCCCCUCUGGACCAGGAUACCAUCAACAUCAUCAGUAUAUUGGCAUCAAAACCACUAUCCAUCUUUCUUGGCGUGCUGAAGAACGGACACGUUGUUCCUUCCUGACGAUACAUGAUGGUCUUUCCAGCUGCGACGUCAAAAUGCUUGGCGGACAUUAUCUCGACAACGACCGACAGCGAGCACAAUCAAACCGGAAUCUUCUCAUUCUAGAAGAUCAGAGCUAUUCGGUGAUAUGGUUGACCUCGCUGUCCUCAAACAGCCAUUUCCUUCGAUGGACAAUUAACACCACCGCAGGACUCAGAGAUAGCCCUGUCAAUGUUCUUUUGGGACAAAGCGGAUUUCCGCCCGACAGCCACAACACACGCUCAAAGGCAGUGAACCACACUACAAUGACCACUGAGAACCUUUCGAGUACGCUCUACAACCUCCAAGCAUUUCCAUGUCCCUCCGAGUUCAUCUUCAGCCUGUGCAUGGCAUACCCAUCGAACCUCCCUCCCCACCUCCAACCUUUCCCGGCCUUUCCGGGCAGCAACACCAUCAAACCCCACCCGUCCCCCCUCCCCAACCCACACUUACCCUCCUCACCAUAUCCUCCCAUCCUCAACCCCCCGUUCUCGUACCUCCCGCCUAAAUCCCAAUUUUUUAUUUCAGUCACGUGCAAAAAUUUCAUAUGGAAAGCUUGGACGUUUCUGUCCGCUCCUGGAUCUGAAACCGGUGUUCUGAGAUUUACGCGCGGUUUUGGAGCGGUCAGGUUCGAAGUGAAGUGGAGAAGGAAAGGAAGUAAAGAGCGGGUGGAUAAAGAUUGUCCUGGGGUCCGGGUGGAUGGGGGGCCUGAGGCAGAGUAA